ACACCCAGAGGUUGACCGGUUAAUCCUGUAUGUAAAUGACAGCCAAUGGAGUGUGUUGUUGCGUUGGGAUGGGAUUAGCAGGAGGCGAAUGAGUUUCAAUUUUACUGGAUUACAGAACAAAGAAGGGGAAAGGGACACCCUGGCUCUGUUAAGGGACGAAAGAAGACAAAAAUAAGAAGACUAAUAAUUUUUUAAAAUACAACACGGUGAUGAUCGGGAUUAUGUCGUUUUUAUCACAUCAUCGUGCAUGUGGGAGUCGUUUGUGAUGGAUUAAAGAAAACAACAUAUUCCCGGAUUGACAGCAAACAAGGCUAUUUAAUCGCCAAUCACGAGGCAUGGCUCAUAUGAGGAAGCUGCCAUGUGAAGGUGUCAGGACAAUCUCCCGAUGUGAGCCCCAGGCUCCUCUGUUGUCGGCCAGGCAAGAGAUCCUCACUAGCCUGGUGUCUGCCCUCGACUCUGUGUGCAUGGCUAUGUCUAAGCUCAACGCUGAGGUGGCGUGCGUCACUGUGCACGAAGACAGUGUGAUUGCCGUCGGCACAGAGAAGGGCAGAAUUUUCCUCAACUCCAGGAGGGAGAUCCAGACGGACUUCUACAAGUUUUGCAGAGCACCGUGCCUGACAAAUGUGAUCACGCCUGCCAACACCCAUACCAAAGACCAGGAAGUCGAUCUGAGCAAGGCUAGCAAAGACACGGAGCACGGGAAAGCCAGAGCACCUCCAGAUGCCCCGUCCAACAUCUUUGUUCUGAGGAAGAUGGUGGAGGAAGUCUUCACCGUGCUCUACAGUGAAGCCGUGGGAAAGAACUCCCUGGUCCCCGUGCCUUAUGAGUGGAUCCAAAAGGAUCCCAGCUGCCUUGUGGCUCACGGUCUACCGGAGGGAGUCGCCCUGAAAAAACCCUCUGAGUACGACACCAAGACCUUGAUGAAGAUUCUGGAACAAAGCCACCGCAUUCACUUCACCGUCAAAAGGCCAACAGAAGACAUGUCUCGAGAAACCAAGCCCACAAACACAGAAAGUAACCACAACUCUUCCAGCGGCAGCAUGACGACGGUGAAGACUACUGGCCAGGUAGUCACACCAUCAAGUCCUGCCACUUCCACCAACUCUGUUCUCUCAAACUUCCUGUACGGCAUGCCCAUGUCCUCCAAACCCCACCCAGAUGACAAGCUGGACUUCAAACCAGCGUCCCUCCUUAACCUGGGCAAGGACCGACUGGCCAACUGGAUAGACAAGAAUACAUGUGGGAAGGAUGCUGCUAGUAAUGAUGACUCAACAAGACUACCUGGUGAACAGGGUCAGACCCCUGCUAGUGUCCAUAUAUCCAAGAGGCUACUCUUCUCCAUAGUUCAUGAAAAAGCAGAAAAAUGGGACUCGUUCAUCCGGGAAACGGAAGACAUUAACACGCUGAGGGAAUGUGUGCAGAUCUUGUUCAACAGCAGAUACGCCGAGGCCCUGGGUCUCGAUCACAUGGUGCCUGUCCCGUACCGCAAGAUAGCCUGCGACCCCGGUGCCGUGGAAAUCAUCGGCAUCCCCGACCAGAUCCCUUUCAAGAGACCCUGCACUUACGGCGUACCCAAGCUGAAGCGCAUCCUGGAUGAACGCCACGGAAUCCGCUUUGUAGUGAAACGGAUGUUUGAUGAAAGGAUUUUCACAGCUGCGGGCAAAAUGACAAGGGAGGACAGCAAGCAUGACCUGGGCACUGCACAGGAAGACGGUUUCCCAGAGAAUCUGAGCCUCCCGCCUGCCGCCACCACUACAGCCUCAGCUUCCACGGCAGAGCUGAUCAGCAAUCCUCACAGCAGCCGGUCAACGAGUGCAUGCGUGAGUCCCCUGGCAGACUGUGAAGCAGGUCCUUCUGGAGAUUGCAUUCCUCUGAAGAGGAUUAAAACAGAGCCUCCAGAUGGGGAGAUCAUCCAAGUGACAGUGCCAACAGAUACUGGUACGAGUGGGGAGGAGCCUAGCGAGCCUGUGUCCUCACCCUCCGCCGCCUCGUGUCCACCCACAGCCUCACCAUCUGCUGCUCCCCACCACCCGGCAGAGAACCAUGCAGCUGAAGCUUUGUCUCCCAUUGCUGGCCCCCUGAGCGUUAGGAGACCAACUGAAGCUGGUAGUCUGGUGGAGGACAUUGGUGAAAUGAUUCUUCAGCUGCGCAGACAAGUGGAGAGCUUGUUCAGCAUCAAGUAUGCUGAAGCUUUGGGCCUCCCUGAAGCGGCCAAGGUGCCCUACUCCAAGUUCCAGAUGUACCCUGAGGAUCUGUUCGUCACUGGGCUGCCCGAGGGCAUUUCACUGCGACGGCCCAACUGUUUUGGGGCGGCCAAGUUGCGCAAGAUCCUGGCCGCUGGUAGUCAGAUCCAGUUUGUCAUCAAAAAGCCCAAGCUGCUGAGCGAACAAGUCAAACAAGAGAUGCCUUCCGUCACCGUCUGUGACUCCAAAAGUUCAGAGCUGGACGCAGUCAAGGACGCAACGCCGCUGACAGAGGACACUACAGCUUUGUCCAAAAGACCUGCUUUCUCAGAGUGCCUGGAGUCCAAGCUGUCCAGGAUCGACUUGGCCAACACACUGCGGGAGCAAGUCCAGGACCUGUUCAAUAGGAAGUAUGGCGAGGCACUGGGUAUCAAGUACCCGGUGCAAGUUCCUUACAAGAGGAUCAAGAACAACCCGGACUCUGUCAUCAUCGAAGGUCUCCCGCCCGGGAUCCCCUUCAGGAAGCCCUGCACCUUCGGCUCCCAGAACUUGGAGCGCAUCCUGGCAGUCGCCGACAAGAUUAACUUCACCAUCACCAGACCUUUUCAAGGCCUCAUUCCAAAACCUGCACCUCGCAGAGUCACUUUACUCAAGAAGGCGUACGCUUCAAUAAGUGAUGACGACGACAUCAACCGAGUAGGAGAGAAGGUGGUCCUCAGAGAGCAGGUCAAGGAGCUGUUCAACAAGAAAUAUGGUGAGGCUCUUGGCCUGGACCGUUCCGUGGUGGUGCCAUACAAGCUCAUCCGUGGCAGUCCUGAGUCCGUGGAAGUGGACGGUCUCCCGGACGACGUCCCCUUCCGCAACCCCAACACCUACGAUGUUGUGUGCCUGGAGAAGAUCCUCCAGGCCGCCGAGAGGAUCACGUUCAGCGUCAAGACACAGCUACACUCCUUUGCAGAACGGUGUGGCCAGUCUUGCAACACGGCAGCAGCAGCAGCAGCAGCAGAUGCCUCCACUAGUCGACGGAAGCGCAAGCGAGUACAGGAGAGCCAUCGCAUGCCCGCCUCCUCUGAGCUGGCCCCGUCGGCCAAUCAGAUUCCAGUGAUGCAGUGGCCCAUGUACAUGGUGGACUACAGCGGCGUCAACAUGCAGGUUCCCGGCAAAGUCAACUACUGAACUUCACAGAUGAAUGUUGGGCCUAAGAGAUGGACUCCUGUCACUGCGUUGAGAACAAUCUCCAGGUGGACAAUUUGGUGGUCAAGGUUUGUUACAGGGGGGCCAAUUGUAUUGCAAAGACGGUAAUAAUUGUUUUGUUGUUUUUUGGGUUUUUUUCUAACUGAGCUCAAGCGUUAAAUAUGGCCCACAAAAUGUAUUACUGACACAAUUACCAUCCAUCAUAUUCAAAUGUUUGUACUUUUUAUUUAUUAUAUUUAUUGAAGUUUGACAUUAUGUGCAGGGAUUUAAAAAAAAAUCUGUGGGAAAAUGAUCAAAACACUAACGCUUAACCAACGCUUGUCGCUAGGGGGCGCCUGCGAGUCGCAUAUACAGUGGAAGUAGAAAGUGAGCGAUUUUUUUGUUUUAGAAUGGCUGAAUAGUUGAAAAACAAUGGAGGUGAUCCAAAGGGGGGCUGUGCACAUGAGAUGCCCUGACAGAUUUGGAGCACCCCUGCACGAAACAAAGUAUUGCAAUAUGAUUGGUUUUAAGACAAAGUUUACUUACUCAAACGACCCAAAUUAGAAUUUUGGUUGCUUCAACACCCUAACCUACUCAAAUCAUGUAUUGCCAUAUUAUUGACAUAAAGUACAUAAGCUAAUGACAAAGAACACAGAAUAUAUUCAUUUUGGCCACUUUGCCUCCCAACCUUUUAUUUAAAAAAAAAAAAAGUCCCUUUAUUUUCUCUUUUGAAAUCUUUUUAGAAAGGUUGUAGGUCACAUCAUUUGUGACUACAUAUUUUAGUAUUAAAUAUGCAGUUUUUCUAUGCGAUAAAAACCUAAUUUGAAAAGUGGUUGCUCCCCAAGACUCAGACUUAAAUUGCUUUAAAUAUCACAUUAAAUAUAAAAAAAAAAAAAUCCCCUAAGAUACUUUCGCCCCCCCCCCCCAACGCAUUUUUACAGGUCAUUUUUAGAAAAAAAGUUUAUUGCUCAGUUUUACUGAAGGAAAAGCAUUUGACUCAAGUUGCUUUCUACAUCCACUAUAUCAAACCUGCUCACACGCAGGUGUUGCGAUGCUUCAGUGUACACAGCCUUUGUAUGUUAGCGCCACAUUAACAUGUAUAUGUCGUUUAACAAAAAAGAAUGUAUCACGUCAAAGGAAAGACAACUAACCCCCAUUUAAAGAUGCUGUACCUUAACGCCAAUUAGGCCUUUUCAACAAUAAAAAAGAUGUUGCCUUG